AUGGGAACCGUGACACAUGGCUCCUGCACACUGAGAUUGAACCUAACCCAUGGUAGUGAUUGGACCUGCUUAAUACAUACAGUGUUCUUCAUUACCAUCACCAACAGAAUUGAUUGUUGUUCCAGAAGACUGAAUGGAGCUGAGAUCUGGAUUGGAGACUCUGUGGAGGACAACAAUGGCAACAAUCCCAGACGUGCUUUGGUCCCUUCUGUCCCAGAGCGCGCCUUCAGCACCUUCCAUUGUAACGGCAUGGAGGGACAAUACAUCAACGUGGUCAUUCCAGGGAGGAAUGAGUUCCUGACCCUGUGUGAGGUGGAGAGCUACGGGGCACCACUGGACUGA